AUGACGGGAGGCGAUAAGUUAGUGAACGCUCUGGCCUCUGAUGCCUCCAACUGGAAGUUGGUACCGGAUGAGUCUGGACGGUUGCGGCUGGUCAAUAGUAAUCCCUACAACCUUCCGGCGAACGAAAACGAAGUUGAACCUCUCUUCAAUGCGGAGACGGAUGUGAUCUUCCGCUUGUUCACACGUCGUAACCCUGCCCACGGACAGAUUCUGGAGUGGAACAAUCCCGCCUCGGUGCAAAACUCCAACUUUAUCGCUUCGCACCCGACGCGCUUUACCAUUCACGGAUGGAACGGCGGAGCAGACUCGGGCCUGCAUGCCAACAUUCGCCAGAACUACCUCGGCAUCGGGGAGUUCAACGUGAUCGCUGUCGACUGGGGUGCAGGUGCACAGACGGUCAAUUACAUUGCCGCCCGCAACCGAGUGGCGGCCGUUGGAGACAUUGUUUCGCGCAUGGUCAACACGCUUGUGUCGGCCUCCGGAACGUCCCGGAACAAUAUCUAUCUGAUCGGACACAGUCUCGGUGCGCACGCUGCGGGUAACGCUGGUAAGCAACAGAAUGGCCAGCUGAACACCAUCAUCGGUCUGGACCCGGCCGGCCCGCUGUUCUCGCUGGCUGAUUCGGACAUCAUGGCCCCACGGGACGCGCAGUACACGGAGGCAGUCUUCACUAAUGCGGGUCUGCUUGGCUUCGAUCUACCGCUCUCGGAUGCCAACUUCUACCCGAACGGAGGCCGUUCGCAGCCUGGCUGUGGUAUCGAUGUGUCUGGUAACUGUGCCCAUUCGAGGGCACACGAGCUGUACGCGGAAUCGGUGUCGACACCGGUUGGUUUCCGGGCAACACGCUGCGCCAGUCAUGGCGAGAUCACCGCUGGACAGUGCAGCAAUACCGGAUCGGCUAACAUGGGUGGAGAACCGUCCAACCAAGGCCGUGGAGUUAAUGGCUUCUUCAUUGUCUCUACCAAUGGAAACUCUCCCUUUGCUCAAGGAUAA